AUUUCACAUUUAGGGUUUCAAAUUAAUCGGAGUUUGAUAUCUCUCGAACCAGGGCUUUCCAAUGGCAUAAUCUGCAUUCUUCCUCCGCCGUCUCCCCUGAUUUCCUCUGAACCAGUUCUUGGCUAAUAUAAACGAGGAGGAGACAAUGGACGAAGAAAUGGAGAUUAUGCAGGAAUUGCUUGCAGAUGAAGAUUCGUUUUCGACUGAUAUUGAUUCCGAAUACGAGUUUGAUGCUUGUCAGUUUUUUGAUUUUAUGAGAGGCGAAACGGAAUCCGAAGCGGAAGAAGCCGAGAGCUGGUUCCGAUACGCUCAUGAAUAUCCACCUUCUCCCUUCAUUCUGAAGUUAAAGAUGAUGAAGGCAGCAAAAGCCAAAGCCAAUCAAAUGAAAUCUCAAAAAACCAGCUUCAGAAAAAAAACUAGUACAUCCAGUACUUCAGAUGGUGGUGACAUUGAUCAUGAAGCCCCCUCAAAAGAAGCAAAAAUCAAAGGUGUGAAGCAUCGUAAUCAUAUGCCUCAAGACAAUUCAAAAACCAAGUCAAAGUCCACAGUCAACUCAUCUAAACCAAGUGGUUCAUCAUUCAUGAAACCAACUGCUAGUCAUUUAGCCAAACAAAAUAAAGAGCGUGACACAAACACACAUUCUGGAGGCCAUGGAAGGGUGCAGAAGCCAUUAGUUAGCCCUGGUGAAAACUUAACAUCUCCUCCUACCAUAUCUUCAAACCAAACUACCAAAAGACAAAAGCUAGAAAUUGGUUAUUUGCGUAAGGUUGCCCAAUUGAAACAUCGCACUACAUUUAUGCACAAGAUUGUGAAAAAGGUUGCAGAAAUGGAGGGAAACUCAAACUCUAGAUGUAAUAAAACUACAAUUCCCCAAAAACCUGAAUUGGUAACACAAGAAAAAGCUCAAAAGCUUAGGUCCCAUAAUAAAUCUGAAGCAUUUCAACAACCAAAAACAAACACUCUUAAAUCACAAUCAUUCAACAGAAAAGUUAAUGCUUGUGAUAAUUUAAUACUCUGUAAACAAAAAUCCGCUCCUCCAAUGAUUGAAGAGAUAUUGAUUCAGAGCAAAAACUUUGGAAAUGAUAAAUCCAGAUCACCAAAUAAUCUAAAAGCUUCCAAUAGUGCCAAGGUGCACCCAAUUAAAGAAGGUGGAUUUAUGUUAAACUCAAAGCAAAAUUCACAUAUGCCACCGAUAGAGUUAUUCAAAAAGCUUUCUUUGAAAAAUGAAUCGGAUACUAAAGUUAUAUCCUUUGUAAGGCCACCACGUUUGAAUAAGGGGUUAAAGGAGAAUGUGCCUAGAUAUUUUCAACAGGAGUUUAGGAGGUGUGCUGGGAAGCCAAAUCAGUGUGGAAACGAUAGGAGGAUCACUGAACUUAAGACCUAAUUAACAGGUUGUUUGAAAAUGGGUUGAAGAUAUACAUGCAAUUAAUGCAUUUUUGCUUCCACAUUUUGAAAAAAAAAAAAAAAACACAAAUAGCGUUUGCUAAUUGCUAUUGAUAGAGUGGAAGAUUUAACAUUAUUGUCAUGUACAAAAGAAAAGAAAAGCGGAAUACAUACACAGUUCAUUUGUUAUUCAA